AUGCUCUGGCAGAAUCCCAAUCCGUUGGAUGUAACUGUUGCCUUAAUUGGUACCAUUUGUCCUGUAUUGAAAAAAGAAAUACGUGAAUGCCAUGACUUCUGCGCUGUUCGGACCAUAAAAACCCCUGGUUAUGCAGUAAAAAGAAUUACCCCAGGACAAGGAACAAAAGCAAAUGAAGUCCUUCAUCGAUUACUCAGGCAUAGCCUACUCAGAGGUGCAACAGUUAUGUCUCCUGAGGCCUUAUUAUUAAUUCGAAUGAGUAAUGAUGCGUCAUCCAAACCUUUCGAACGUCUUUUUCGAACGUUUUCGAGAAAAUCUAAAGAAUUUCAAAAGAAAGACACUCUCAUAACAAUGUCGUCUGUGGCAGGAUCAAAGCGUCGAAUUGACAAUAAGUCGUGCAAAAUCAAGUACAAAGCUCUUAAAGCGUUGGAAAAGGCACCCUGUCAACUUGGAAAAAAAAAUAAAGAAAAGAUUUACAAGCAGUUUAACAACGGGCAAACAUCGAAGAGAUCAAAGCCAGAAAAAUUCGAAGAUGUGAACAAAGCUGUUCAUAAAUGGUUACUUAUGAUGAGAAGUGAGAAUAUCCCAAUCAGUGGCCCGAUGCUGAAAGAGAAAGCUCUUGAGUUUGCCGAAGCGUUGGGUGUCGAGUCAUUUCAAGCUUCUCAGGGGUGGAUGGCUAAAUGGAAAACCAGGUAUGGAGUAUCCUUCAAAACCAUCGCUGGAGAAUCACGGUCCGUCACUGAGGAAAUGACAGCGCCAUGGUCGGAGACAACAUUACCAACCAUUCUCUCCCGCUAUCCUCUGGAAGACAUUUUUAACGCCGACGAAUUUGGGCUUUUCUUUCAAUGCCUUCCCAAUAAAACUUUGCAUAUGAAAGGUGAUAAGUGUUCUGGAGGAAAACACAGCAAAGUUAGACUUACUGAUUUAGCUGCUGGUAAUGCCUUGGGGAAACGAUUGCCAAUGUUUGUAAUCGGCAAGUCCGCCAACCCUCGUUGCUUUAAAGGUGUCAAAACACUACCCUGUCGAUACCGUUCGCAAAAGAAGAGUUGGAUGUCUGGAGAGCUGUUCGAAGAGUGGGUACGCGAGCUUGAUCGAAAAUUCUCUGUCUCUAAGCGAAAAAUUGCUUUGAUUAUUGACAAUUGUACCGCACAUCCUCAUGUUGAAAACCUGGAAUGGGUAGAAUUGAUCUUUCUUCCUCCAAAUACCACGUCCCGAACCCAACCUAUGGACCAAGGAAUUAUCCGCGCCCUGAAAGCAAAAUAUCGAUCGCUAGCAGUGCGGAAAUUGAUAAAAGCCUUGGACGAGGAAAGAUCGACUCCGAAGUUCUCGAUUCUUGCAGCUAUGUACAUGCUAAGGAAAGCAUGGGAUGAUGUUUCCAACAAAACAUUCACCAAUUGCUUUCGAAAAUCAGGAAUUUCCCAAAAGGAUGCAGAAAGAGCGAUCAACGAAGAUGACGACCCUUUUAAAAGUUUAACCAGCGAAGUAGAAGAAGACCCAAUUCCAACCCUCGUUGCUGAACUCUCUUACAUAAAACGAAGGUUUCCUGACCACAUUGAUCCUGACUUAUCAACUGAAGAUUUCAUUGAUUUUGACAUUGAAGUCAGUACAUCCCAUGGGCGUCUGAAGACUGCUGACAUCAUUGCUGAGAUCACUGGGACUCAAGACGAAGAAUUAGAAGAGGUCGACCGGCCGAGCAAGUGCGUACAGCUAUCAACGUCCUCGAAGACUUGA